AAUAAAAGUUUUUGACAACAUAAACGAGAAUGUGUUUUGGUAUUUCAAUUUAGCUAUAAUUUGAGCUGUAAGAACUACAAUUUGUGAUUUCCUCUCGAUUAUGACGAGUGAUGUUUUCAAGCAUACUGAUGACGUCAUUCCGGCGAUGCUCCCUGAUUGGUUGAAAGUUACAUCUUGACAGGUUCCUUGUUGCGCCAAAUUUUUUGAAUUUUGAUCAUAACCUCACUAAAUUUAACUUUGAUUUAUUUACUUGUGAUAUCUAAAGUAUUAAUUCAUAAUAUCCUUGUGUAAAAUCCGAAAUAUAUCGUGAAAAAAGUAGUACUUUAAGUUUUAAUGACGAUUCAUGUGCAAAACUAAACUGCAGCUUCCCAGUGACAAAAAUCUAGAAAACAAAAUUGUAUGGUUCUUUAGUACACAAACCAUGGGUAACAUAAAUCCAAUUAUUUUAAUAUACAUUAUUUCCUUUAUGGAUUUAUUUGCAAUUGCAUUAUCGUUUCCACUGCUGGCCCCUCAUUUGCAAGAUCUGGGAGCUUCACACACUUUUAUAGGGGCUGUAGUGUCCAUUUAUUCUGGUAUUCAAGUCGUAUCUGGACCGAUAAUUAAAAAUGCAAAUUUCCAGGGCGGUUGGUCUGAUAUAAGAGGUCGCAAAAGUAUUCUAAAAAUGAUGCUGUUAAUAAGUGGCCUAUGUUAUGGUAUUUUAGGAACCACAAGCUCUUUUACUGUGAUAAUAAUUUUAAGAAUAAUCUUAGGAAUGGUGAAACAUAUUCAAACCCUAUGCAGAGCGAUAAUAUCGGAUAUUUGCCCUCCGGACAAGCAUAUGGAAAUUUUUGGAAAAUCUGCUGCAAUUUCUGGUAUAGGUUUUAUUGUAGGACCAUUUUUGGGCGGACACAUUUCAGAGGUUUCUAAUGGGUUCAGUUACGUUAGCUUUUUGACCAUGGUUUUAUUUUUUAUUAAUAUUGGGGUUGCCUCGCUUUUACCAGACUCAAAACCGAAAACUAGGACUACUCCAAUCGUAAAUAGUACAGGGAUUAUAAAUACAAUUAAACUAGAAACCUCAAAAACUCUCAACGGGUUGAAAUCGAUAGACUGGACUAAACAAUGGGAACCAUUUGCUUUACGAUUUCUAUUUAGCUUGGCAAUGACUGCUUUCCUGACGAACCAAGGACUAUUGCUCAAAGAAAAAUACCAACUAAGUCAAAAAUAUUCAGGUUACGUUAUAUCGUACUUUAGUACCGUUGGGACUUUUUCCGCCUAUUUUCUGGACAGUAUAAGUAGAUUAUUCAAAAACAACGACUGCAUAUCUAAAUUAUUAGGCUACUACAUUGUCAUAAUACUAAGCGUAGUUUCCAUAUACUUAACACCAAAUUUGCUUAUACACAUGAGUAUAUUAAUGCCAAUUUCAAUAUCUUCAACCGCUUUGAGGAUUCUAACUAUGGAAUUAAUAAUGCAAGAAUCCAAUGGCGACCAUAACGGCUCCUUGAGUGGAGCUUGUUAUAGUGUUACGUCAAUAUCCAGGUUUGUUACGCCACUUUUAUCGGGAUUUUUGGGGGAUAUUUUCGGGGUUGAAGCUGUGAUUUUGAUUGCCGCAAUUCCUGCCUUGGCCGGCGUUUUACUGUGUUUACAUAUGAAAGUCAGUCGGUGUGUGGAUGUUAAAGAAGAAUAGUUUUAUGUGAUAUUUGUUGAAUUUUAAUAAAAUGUUUUAUGUUUGUUAUUGAAAAAUA